UUGUUUUAUCAACGCCGGUGUUGAGGACGGGUAGCGGCCGGUAUGUUUACAUUUCGAACCCCUCCUUGAAUCACCUACAGGGAAAUAUAGAGCAGGCAAUCCAUCAUGACUGGUGGAGCCUCCUCGACACCUUACAAAAACGUUUCAUCGCAGGCGACACAUCGUACUUCAGGCGGUAAUACAUCGGACGAAACUCUACUUCAAAGCCAAGACAUGAUGGAGUAUUGUCAAAAUGAGAUCGCGCACAACACUUGGGUAUUCAAUGCUUCUGAUAUCUCGCAUAUGCUCUCGCCAAAGCAGUUGGAAGUCAAGUUUCAGCCAGAGGAUGUCAAGUGCUUUGAGGACGCAAAGAAGUGUUGCAAGUUUUUGGUCGACGACCCCUUCUUUGAGCAUGCACUUCAAACAGCUGUCAAUUCUCUUCCCUCUCCUAUACCCGAAUGGCCUACUACAGACACCGAGAAGGAAUACUACCCUCCUCUCGCCACUUUCUUGAACAAAGGCAUCGAACACUGUAACCGCGCCCUAAACGACGCUCAAAGAUAUGGAAAGUACGAAGACGUUCCCGAAUUUGCCCAUCGACUGUACCACAAACUUCAAUUUGUGAAGUAUGACAGAUGCAUGGUGGAUGGUACAGACGACGUGAAACCCUCUAAGCUGUAUUUUGGAGGUGGCCGCGGUCUGGAAGAGGAAGAGAAGUCGUCCUGGGGUAUUGUGGAAGGUCAUAAUGUCUUGCAAGUGGAGAUACCGGUUGUGGUAGGACCUUCGUGGAGCCAUUUGUUGCCACGAGCUGCUGUGUACGGAUGCUGCUUGUUCAGUGCGAGUCCGACUCGUUCAUGGUCGCUCGUCCUCGGAUUCAAUCAAAACGAUAUGAAUUUACGAUUUCUCAUUUUCCAUCGCGGCGGUUGCACCGCGUCGACCGAUUUGAACCUCACUACCGAACCAGGACGGAAAGAGGCAUAUCGGUUGAUCCUCACGAUGUUGUUGUGGACUGAGGAUUACCACGCUGGUUUUUGCUGCUUCUCAACCGAUAAGGAGUAUACAAUUCCUAAUCCCCAGAGAAAUCCGACAUUGAAGGCUCAAGUACAGAAGAUUCUACAUCACACGCCUGGUAUCUGCACUCGCGGAACGCUUAUCAGCAUUGUAUCGAAGUCUGACGUCGCCAUUGAACAUACAUCAGCCUCUACACUUGUACCUGCCGCUCAGAUGCUGAGGAGCUCAACAAGGUUGGCGAAUACACGACUGGUAAAGGACCGCCUAGCAACGUCUCAGCCGGGGGCUAGGGGCAAAUGCAAAUCGGACGGGGAACAUGGGACGACCUCACGGAAAAAACUUCCUACAGGUUUUUCGCACCCUCGAACCGAUGCUUCAAAACCCGCAGAGACUGGACCAACUUGUUCAAUUGCACCUGGAGGUCCUCCUCCUCAGUCAAUUGCGCAUGGUAUAAAGGUGCACGGCAGCAAAACUGGACUUAGCGACGAGGUUUUGGGUCAGCGAUAUUCUUGCGAUACGUUCCUUCUCAAGUUCUGCUGGCCAGACGAUGUCCAAGGGUUUGUUGAAGCCGAGUUCCUCGCUGCUACUUCUGGUGCCUUUGGCACUCCCUCUCAUAUUGUUUCUUAUACCAUGAGGGAACCUUCUGGCCUCCUUGUUUCGAAUCGCAUCUUUCUACCCGGCGAACGAGAAUCUGAGUAUGAGAGUCUAUGGUGGGAUGUGUGGAAUGGGCAUUCAGCAGAGCGACCGAACUAUCGCGAUGCCGCAUGCCAUCUUUUCGGAGCGUUGGGUAGUACGUUGCUCGACACUCCAAGUUCAUGGUCGCUCCUCGAGUCAGUCAGCCAUGCUUUGCUCGGAUGGCUGGUGUACUAUCAGAAUGGUUUCAUGCACCGAGAUGUCAGUAUUGGGAACGUCAUCCGAUUGGAGCCUGGGCUAGCAAUGAAGACAAUCGACAUUGUAGAUCCUUUUCCAGAAAGAGAUGUAUCACUAAAGGAGCCUGAACAAGCGCGAAACGCCAUCGCUGGCACACGGUCGCAAAAGGAGUCUGAACAAGUGCGAAACGCCAUCGCUAGCACACGGUCGCACAUAGAUGAGAUCAAGCGUCUGGUCGAAAAGCUGGGAAUAAGCAGCGGAUGCAAGGGUAUCUUGAUAGAUGGCGAUAUGGCCGCCAAUUGGAAGACCUACUUUGACAAAGACCAUGACUCUCACUCACUAUCAGGUACUGAAGAAUUCAUGUCCAUCAAUCUCCUGAAGGCUACACUACGCGGUAGUGACUAUCUACAAUCUCCUGUGGACGACAUGCAUUCGUUCUUCUGGAUAACAUUAUGGGCGGUAAUGUUCAACUCUCACAAUGAAAGCUCAAGGUCAGAAAAUGAGCUUUGGGCACGAGGCCUGUGGGUGGAACUCGCCCUACAUAAAACACUUAUGCUACCGGAGCUUCAAGAUUUACUACCGACAGGAAAGCUCAGCCCGAUCACAAGACAGUUGACUCCAUUUCUGGACCAAUGGUUCUCCCGCAUUGAAGCGUUACAAAAGGAUUGGAACACAACCAGAGGAACUGACUUCCAAGAUAGGAAGGAAUGGUUUACCACACAUUUCCACCUAUUUGCUUACCGUGGCAUACGCGAGUCAUUAGAGUUGAUCCUGCAGUACCGAGAGGAGUUGGAACAUAAAUCGUUCACAACCCCACCCUGA